AUAUCUGCGGGAUGAUGUUCUUUAAAAGAUGAAGAGAAAAAAAUAGUAUUUGAAGAUUGCUUUAAAAGUCUUUUGUCGUCAGUAGAAAAGCUUUAUAUCACACGUUUAAAUAUCUCGCAGGGUUGUUUGGUACUCGCGCGAAGUAAUUGCCACGUGUUGUUUUUCAGAGGUCAUCGUUUAAAUGUUUUGUACCGUAGUCAAUCUGCUACUGUGAUUGCUUGAUGAGCAUACUGGCAAUGGGUUAUGCAUAAUUAUCCAAUUGAGAUUCAUAACUGUGUCUCUGGUGACUGCGUGCCCAUCAUACGUGGACCAUUUGUAUUUUAGGCUGUAGGGUCAGGCGGAUCUGAUCUUUGAGUUUUACUUUUUCAAUAGUGAAAAGAAGUUGUUCUUUGAAUACUCGGUCAAAUGACCAGAUACAGGUUUCUUUCGUUGUUGCUGUUAGCAACUUUGGUGGUGAAUGCGAAUGCAGCGAAGGCUGGAGGCUCUCGAGGACCUAGCAGAAGUCGAACAAGAAUGCAUGGAUCUAGGAUGCCUAUACUUAUACUACAUCGAAAUCCUGCAAGUGCACGCUAUUACGAAAACAAAGAUGGUGCAAGAAUUAUCGAAGCAUCUCACUUUGAAUCAGAUUAUAUAUUAGGAAGAAAGAUCACUUUCUCGUGUGUAGCCACGGGAAUUCCAAGACCUGAGAUUACUUGGCUCAAAGAUGGUAUAGAAGUUUAUCAUCACGAAUUUUUCCAAAUACAUGAAAGAGCAGUUGGAAAUGAUACAAUUAGAUCAAAGAUGGAGAUUGAUCCUGCCACUCAAAAAGACGCUGGCUAUUACGAAUGUCAAGCUGAUAAUCAAUAUGCCGUUGAUCAUAGGGGUUUCAGAACAGAUUACGUUAUGAUAUCAUAUUAAUAAAUGCAUAUUUUCUUCUUACUUUUCAAAUAAUCAAAUAACAUUGUACGAAUAUGAUAGAAACUUAACAUGCACGUAUAAUAGCUGGAAAUGUUAUUGUAGCAUGAAAUGCAAGACUGACACUUAUGUUACAUGUAAUCACAUAAGAAAAAAUUUCAUUAACCAUCUCAGUUUAACUUUGUUUUCUUUUCCUUAAUAAAUAAAU